AUGGCCAACGACGCAGCAUCAACGUCGCCCUUUUCCAACAUCGUCUCCAAGUACCGACCAGAUCUCAAACCUUACGAAGAAUUAUACAAAUACUAUCAUGCCAAUGGCGAAUUGUCAACCCAGGAAAAGGAAACUGCUGCCCACAUUACCAAGAAGUUGCAGUCACUGUCGUCCGACCUUGAGAUCCGGACUGGCAUAGGAGGACAUGGUCAAAUUGCUAUCCUUCGCAACGGCCCAGGCUCAACCAUUCUGCUCCGCGCCGACAUUGACGCCUUGCCCAUCAAGGAGAAAACAAAUCUCGAGUAUGCUAGCACCAAGACCCAGCUGGACGUUGACGGCGAAGUCAAGCCUGUUAUGCACGCAUGUGGUCAUGAUUUCCACAUCACCUCUUUGCUUGCCGCCAUCGAGACGCUUCUCGCUGCGCGUGACACCUGGAGUGGCACCAUUGUCUUCCUCUUCCAACCCGCGGAAGAGCGAGGGUGUGGUGCGCAAGCCAUGGUUGAUGACGGCCUUUACGAUGCCAAGAAGCAUGCUUGUCCGAUCCCUGACGUGGUGUUGGGUCAACAUGUCUUCCCACUGGCAGCGGGCACCACAGGACUUCGACCUGGCCCUUUGAUGUCGGCCGCCGACAGUUUCAAAAUCACCAUCUUUGGCCACGGCGGCCACGGUAGCAUGCCACAUGGGACGAUCGAUCCCGUCGUCAUUGCCAGUUAUAUCGUCGUGCGCCUACAGUCUAUUGUCGCCCGAGAAGUCCCCCCUGAUGAGACCGCCGUCGUCACCGUCGGCGCUCUUCAAGCUGGAAGCACUGAGAAUGUCAUUUCUGAUGAGGCCGUCAUCAAAAUCAAUAUCCGCACUGUUACCGUGGAAUGGCGGGAGAAGAUCCUUGCCAGUGUGAGGCGCAUCGUCAAUGCUGAGUGCGUAGCUGGCAACUGCCCCAAGGAACCCACUAUUGAGCCCACCAGUUCAUUCCCAUUGACCAUCAACGACGCUGAGACCUCGGCCAAGAUCAACAAGGCCUUUACUUCAUACUUUGGCGAUACUCAUAUCCCAGAUUUGAAAUCCGUGUUGGGCUCCGAGGAUUUUGGCAUCCUCGGCUCCCAUAUCAACAAGCCUUACUGUUUCUGGUUCUUUGGUGGUCACGAUCCCAAAAUAUUUGAGAAUAGCAAUAGCCAACACGCGGUCCCGGUUAAUCAUAACCCAUACUUCGCCCCCAUCAUUCAACCUACACUAAGGACUGGGGUUGAUGCUCUGACGGUGGCAGCAUUGACUUAUCUCGGGAAAUAA